AUGCCCCAUCAGGUUAAAAACCACUGCUUCGUCUGGAUUUGCUGCAGCCCAUCUGGCUCCGCCCCAGCUUCGUCUGGAUUUGCUGCAGCCCAUCUGGCUCCGCCCCAGCUUCGUCUGGAUUUGCUGCAGCCCAUCUGGCUCCGCCCCAGCUUCGUCUGGAUUUGCUGCAGCCCAUCUGGCUCCGCCCCAGCUUCGUCUGGAUUUGCUGCAGCCCAUCUGGCUCCGCUCCAGCUUCAUUUGGCUCCGCCCCAGCUUCGUCUGGAUUUGCUGCAGCCCAUCUGGCUCCGCUCCAGCUUCAUUUGGCUCGCCCCUGCUUCAUCUGGCUCCGCCCCAGCUUCGUCUGGAUUUGCUGCAGCCCAUCUGGCUCCGCCCCAGCUUCGUCUGGAUUUGCUGCAGCCCAUCUGGCUCCGCCCCAGCUUCGUCUGGAUUUGCUGCAGCCCAUCUGGCUCCGCCCCAGCUUCAUCUGGAUUUGCUGCAGCCCAUCUGGCUCCGCUCCAGCUUCAUUUGGCUCCGCCCCAGCUUCGUCUGGAUUUGCUGCAGCCCAUCUGGCUCCGCUCCAGCUUCAUUUGGCUCCGCCCCAGCUUCAUCUGGAUUUGCUGCAGCCCAUCUGGCUCCGCCCCAGCUUCAUUUGGCUCCGCCCCAGCUUCGUCUGGAUUUGCUGCAGCCCAUCUGGCUCCGCCCCAGCUUCAUUUGGCUCCGCCCCAGCUUCAUUUGGCUCCGCCCCAGCUUCAUUUGGCUCCGCCCCUGCUUCAUCUGGCUCCGCCCCAGCUUCAUUUGGCUCCGCCCCAGCUUCAUUUGGCUCCGCCCCUGCUUCAUUUGGCUCUGCCCCUGCUUCAUCUGGCUCCGCCCCAGCUUCGUCUGGAUUUGCUGCAGCCCAUCUGGCUCCGCCCCAGCUUCAUUUGGCUCCGCCCCAGCUUCAUUUGGCUCCGCCCCAGCUUCGUCUGGAUUUGCUGCAGCCCAUCUGGCUCCGCCCCAGCUUCAUUUGGCUCUGCCCCUGCUUCAUCUGGCUCCGCCCCAGCUUCGUCUGGAUUUGCUGCAGCCCAUCUGGCUCCGCCCCAGCUUCAUCUGGAUUUGCUGCAGCUCCAUCUGGCUCCGCUCCAGCUUCAUUUGGCUCUGCCCCUGCUUCAUCUGGCUCCGCCCCAGCUUCGUCUGGAUUUGCUGCAGCCCAUCUGGCUCCGCCCCAGCUUCAUCUGGAUUUGCUGCAGCUCCAUCUGGCUCCGCCCCAGCUUCAUCUGGAUUUGCUGCAGCCCAUCUGGCUCCGCCCCAGCUUCAUUUGGCUCUGCCCCUGCUUCAUCUGGCUCCGCCCCAGCUUCAUCUGGAUUUGCUGCAGCCCAUCUGGCUCCGCCCCAGCUUCAUUUGGCUCCGCCCCAGCUUCGUCUGGAUUUGCUGCAGCCCAUCUGGCUCCGCCCCAGCUUCAUCUGGAUUUGCUGCAGCCCAUCUGGCUCCGCCCCAGCUUCAUCUGGAUUUGCUGCAGCCCAUCUGGCUCCGCCCCAGCUUCGUCUGGAUUUGCUGCAGCUCCAUCUGGCUCCGCUCCAGCUUCGUUUGGCUCCGCCCCUACUUCAUCUGGUUCCGCCCCAGCUUCAUCUGGAUUUGCUGCAGCCCAUCUGGCUCCGCCCCAGCUUCGUCUGGAUUUGCUGCAGCCCAUCUGGCUCCGCCCCAGCUUCAUCUGGAUUUGCUGCAGCCCCAUCUGGCUCCGCCCCAGCUUCAUUUGGCUCUGCCCCAGCUUCAUUUGGCUCCGCCCCAGCUUCAUUUGGCUCCGCCCCAGCUUCAUCUGGCUCCGCCCCAGCUUCGUCUGGAUUUGCUGCAGCCCCAUCUGGCUCCGCUCCAGCUUCAUUUGGCUCCGCCCCUGCUUCAUUUGGCUCCGCCCCUGCUUCAUCUGGCUCCGCCCCAGCUUCGUCUGGAUUUGCUGCAGCCCCAUCUGGCUCCGCUCCAGCUUCAUUUGGCUCCGCCCCUGCUUCAUCUGGCUCCGCCCCAGCUUCGUCUGGAUUUGCUGCAGCUCCAUCUGGCUCCGCUCCAGCUUCAUUUGGCUCCGCCCCAGCUUCAUUUGGCUCCGCCCCUGCUUCAUCUGGCUCCGCCCCAGCUUCGUCUGGAUUUGCUGCAGCUCCAUCUGGCUCCGCUCCAGCUUCAUUUGGCUCCGCCCCAGCUUCAUUUGGCUCCGCCCCUGCUUCAUCUGGCUCCGCCCCAGCUUCGUCUGGAUUUGCUGCAGCCCCAUCUGGCUCCGCUCCAGCUUCAUUUGGCUCCGCCCCAGCUUCAUUUGGCUCCGCCCCUGCUUCAUCUGGCUCCGCCCCAGCUUCGUCUGGAUUUGCUGCAGCUCCAUCUGGCUCCGCCCCAGCUUCGGCUGGUUCCGCCCCUGCUUCAUUUGGCUCUGCCCCUGCUUCAUCUGGCUCUGCUGCAGCUUCCCCUGCUGUGCCUGCUGCACACUCUGCCCCUGGCUCAUCUGCAGCUCCAUCUGCUGCUGCAUCUGCUCCUGCCACCACUCAUGCUGCCCCUGCUCCAGCUGUACCAGCAGCUCUUACCGCUCAAGCUCCUGUCGUCCCAGGCUCCACUCCAAUCAUUGUUGUUGAUUCUACUGCACUGCCAGGCCAGUCAAAUGCAUUGUCUGUUGCCUCUGCCCCAGCAUCAUCUGGUUCAUCCCCUUCUGCCUCUGGCUCUCCUGCAGCCGCAUCUGCUUCUGCUGCAGCUUCAUCCGGUUCUGCCGCAGCUCCAUCUACCUCUGCCGGAGCCUCUGCCGGAACCACAGCUGCAACACUAGGGGCACCUGCACCGAUACCCAUUCUCCUCAACCUUCGCUCGCAUGACGUCGUGGGCAACACCACCAACUUUUCCUUCAACGUGGUAGGCGGAGAUGGCACCGCCAGACAUGAGACAGGAUCUGGAGGCGGUCUCACCCCCCUCAACGUCGCAGGCAACUAUUCAUUCGUUCUCCCCAACGGCGUGCCCUUCGACCUUUCCUACACCGCUGGUGUCCAUGGAUUCCAGCCAGUGUCUUCCCACAUCCCCAAGCCAGUCCCUUCACCCUUCCACCGACCGAUCGUAACCGCCCAGGGUGUGAAGGGUGAAGCAUCCCCAGCUCCUUCCCAACCAGCUUCCUCGGGGGCAUCUCCAGCGCCUUCCCAACCAGCUCCCACGAAAACAUAUGGUGUUCCAGCAUAGUGUGUGACCUUCGCAUGAUUUGAAAAUUCGUGUUGUAUAAGAUGGUAUUAUUUAUGAGAGUUAAGUUUAUGCCAUUCCUUAAUGCUUUAAGGAUAACGAAUUCUGAAGAAUGUAUCUGUAGUCUUAGUAUCAUUUACAAAUGUUCUAGUACAAUUUGUAACGAUGAAGAAAAAAAAAAAGCUAAAAAGUGUGAGUGUUAUGCCAAUCUUCUAUUCACUAUCUAGUCUCUGUCUUUUUAUUUUUUUUUUUCAAAUACACUUAAUUUUUUCAUUUAUUUUCGUUCCACUUUGAUUUCGAUAUGUCCCAAACCAUUCAUUUUUCUUUCGUAAACAUUACCAAUUUACACGCGCUUUGUCUCUCCAUGUCUUUUUUAUCAUCACUAAAUGGUUUUUCCGAGUCUUAAGCGCCAAAAUCGAGAACAUGUGGCCAGCUUAUAUAUAUCAUAUUGAUAUUAUGAUUACGGAAUACCAUUUCAUCAGCUGUGCAACUAACUUUCCUGUCGACUGUUUCAUAAUGUGAAUUGCACGAAAUAGAUGUAACAUUAGCUUGAUAUCAAUUUCUUAGCUGAAGAUAGAGUAGAUGAAAAAUUAAAUAGAAUAAAAAGUGUAUCUGUAUGGAAUGCUUGUGCUGUAUUUAUUUAAGAUGAAAUAAAACAGACGAUAA